GCUGGCUUGGAGCAUCCCAUACCCACAGACCUCCCGCGAGCUGAACCACCUAAGACACGGGUGGGAAGUCUCCUAUCCCGGUAAGAUCAUCUAACCCUAGACUCUUUACCCUGACUUAAUUGCUAGAAAGCCCUAUCUGCGCUGGGUGAGUGUGUCCCAUGCUCUAAGAAUGAGCUUCUCUUACCUGGGGUUUGUCUCCUGUGCUUGGAAAGAAAGAGCGGGAAAUCAAGGUGGCAGGGUGAACAGCCAUCCCCCUCUAGCUCGUGCGGGCUAACCACUCCCUUUUCCUGCUCGCCUCUCUGAACACUGGCUCUUCAGUUCACCCGACUCCUCCAACACAAGGAGAAUAGGUGGGCUUCGCGGGGGCAGGAGAAAAUCCAGCCUUUCCAAGAACUCAACUAGCCCUUGGGGUUGGAGACCGAGAACGAAGGCUGAAUGAAAAGAACGGACUUCAGGGAGAGCGAGCUUAACGGGCCCAGCGCCUUCUUUGGCACCCACUUUGGCCCUGCUGCACAGAUCCCUCUGGUCUUCGUGGCCCUCCAGGCCCUGGGGCUGCAGCACGCCCAGAACGCCCGCCCGGGGGGCAGCUCGCCGAGGACGCCAGAACAGAAGUCGCCCCGAGCUGCUGCGAGCGAACGCGGACCUCACCUCCUCCGCGGGAAGGACAGGCCAGACUCGUUAGCGCCUCCCCGCUUUGCUCCUCCAGCGGCCGCACGCGAGGGCUCCUCGCGUCCUCUCUAGGCGUUCCGGAGCAGCUUCCGCAUCUCUAUUGUCGGCCCGAGGGGCAGCCCACGUCCCAUCGUGCCCCGCGGCCAGGCCCGGGCCGCCUCGCCCCGCCCCCGCGUCGCCCUCGCGUCGCGGAAGUCCUGCGGCCGCCGGGCUCGCGCUCAGGCCCCGCAGCGCGCGCACGAGCGGGGGUCGCUGCUCCGCCGGCGCGCGCCCAGACGGGGUCCCGAGCCCCCGAGGGAGGGGCCGCACUUUCCCCUCCCGGCCGCCGGCCGCGCCAGCGCCCGCGUCGGACCCGAACCCGGGGCAGAGAAGCGGCAUGGAAGCCGAGGACCUGCAGGAGGACCUGACCUGCUCCAUCUGCCUGGACUAUUUCGAGGACCCGGUGUCCAUCGAGUGCGGCCACAACUUCUGCCGCGGCUGCCUGCAGCGCAGCUGGGGGCCGGGCGGCGGCUCGUUCCCCUGCCCCGAGUGCCGGCAGCCUUCGCUGCCCGCCGCGCUGCGGCCCAACUGGGCCCUGGCCCGGCUGACGGAGAGGACGCGGCGCCGGCCCCAGGGCCCCGUGCCCCCCGGCCAGUGCGGCCGCCACCGGGAAGCGCUGCGGCUCUUCUGCGAGGAGGACCAGCGGCCCGUGUGCUUGGUGUGCAGGGAGUCCCGGGAGCACCAGGCGCACACGAUGGCGCCCAUCGACGAGGCCUUCUGCAGCUACCGGGAAAAGCUUCUUAAGGCUCAGUCUAGUCUGAAGGACAAGAUGAAGAAAGCCAUAUAUUUUCAGGACAUGGAAAUGAAGAAUGCUACCAAGUGGAAGGAGAAGAUGAAGAAUCAGCGAAUGACGAUCAGCGCAGAGUUUGCAAAGCUGCACCACUUCUUGGCGGAAGAAGAGCAGCUGUUUCUUCAGAGACUGAGCAAAGAGGAAGAAGAGACGAAGAAGAAACAGAAUGAGAACACGUUAAAGCUCCAUCAGAAAGUCACGUCCUUGAAGCGGCUCAUCGUAGAGGUCAAGGAGAAGAGCGAGAGCUCCACCCUGGAGCUGCUUCAGAAUCCAAAAGAUGUGUUGACCAGGAGUGAGAACCAGGAUGUGAGCUAUUCCCUUGAAGUUCUACCGGUGAAGACUGUGUGCCAGAUACCAAUGAUGAAGGAAAUGCUGAAGCGAUUCCAAGUGGCUGUAAGUGUAGCUGAAGACACGGCUCAUCCCAAGCUUGUCUUCUCCCAGGAUGGGAGAUACGUGAAAAAUGGAGCAUCGGCCAGUUCUUGGCCGUUGUUUUCUUCAGCAUGGAGCUACAUCAGCGGAUGGAGGAACCCUCGGAAGAUCGCACAGUUUGUGGGAAGAUUUCAGCACUUACCCUGUGUUUUGGGAAAAAAUGUUUUCACUUCAGGGAAACAUUACUGGGAAGUUGAGACCCGGGAUAACCUGGAGAUUGCUGUCGGGGUGUGUCGGGAGGACGUCAUGGGGCUUGCUAAUGCUUCAGAAAUGGGCCCCCGUGUGGGCAUCUGGGCUAUCUGUUGGGGUUCCGCUGGCUAUCGGCCCCUGAAAAGCUCUUCUGUAAGUCCUACCAAGCAAGAGCCUGCUCUUAACCGGGUGGGAGUUUUCCUCGAUUCUGGGGCUGGGAACAUCUCCUUCUAUAGCGCUGUGGAUGGCACGCAUCUACACACCUUCUCUUGUCCUGUCUCCCACCUCCGCCCAUUUUUUUGGUUGAGUCCAUUAGCAUCUUUAGUCAUCCCGGCAGUGACUGGUGGGAAAUGAGGCUGUUCCUCCCCUGCCCGAGAACCUCUCCCUGUACCCCGGCGCAGGGACGUGCAUCCCUCGGCCCUCUUCUCUCUUCAUACAUACUGGUCCAGGCGGCACGUCUGUACCGUCCAUUCGCUCAGCUCCCUGCGUGUGCCGUGCGCACACAGGGAUGGCGGACCCAUUGGUUGCCUUUCCGGCAGCCACUUGCUGCAUUUCCCUCCUCCUCUUCUGGUUCUUCUGACGGAACUGUCGGGGGAGCACCAUCCUUGGGCUUCAGGAGAAGCAGCCCCACGUGAGGCAGUGCUGGCCAGUGAGCUGGGAGGAGACAUUUUCUAAGGCGCUUCUGGGGAAAGAUUCUGUAGCUUUAAGAAAGAGGUGUUUGAGGAGACACAGCCCCUCUUCUGAUGUCAGCAGCUGAGGGGAGCACAGUGACAGGGCACAGGAAGAAGAAACAUGGUCUUCACUGGCAUCGCUGGGCUCUUGGAAUUUCCUUAAUCUGACAUUCCUUAUUAUAGGAGAUGACCGCUCCCUUAUUGUAUAAGGCAGUUCAGGUUGCCUUUGGGUAUAGGAUUGCCUCACUUUCCCUGAAAUUGGACCGCUUUGUAGACUGUUUCUGUGCAGUCAUGUAAUUCCUCUUCUCUCCAGGAAGUACUGAGACCUCUCACUUUUCUGGAUCAGAAAGUUAAGGAAAUCUUCCCUUACUCUGCACUGUGACUCUUCUUCACCUGACCAGGUCUGUGCCCUCCAGUGUGCAUUUUGUUACCCAUCUGUCCGAUUCUUACGUUGUUUAUGCAGGCUGUUAACAUCACACCUAAAACGUUGGGACACACUUGCUAAGUAUUCAGACUGUGCUGCUGGCCUUUUGGUAACGCUCUUUGACUCCUGCAGAAGGUUGGUGUGGGAGAGGGAAAUCAAAAUCCUCUUUCUACAAGGAAGACAAUAAACUGUGAGACAAUAAACUUCUGUUAUGUCAAGCCACCCAGUUUGUGGUUUGUUAUGGAGUCUUAGGAAACCAGUACACUUGCCCAUCAGGACUUCCUCCAGUAUCUGCCUUAUUCAUUUCCAGUCCUUGGGAAACUCAUCACUGUCUUUCCUCCAUCCUCCUCUGGGGCUGUUGAGCCAGGUUGACUGGUUCUAUUACAGAGUCUUGCUCUCUGACUUCAGGUGGGUUCUUUGAGCUGCUUGGUGAACAACUUCAUUUUUUCAUCCCUUGACUUCCUUUUACAUCUCUGGUGGCAGUGAUUCCAAACCAUUUCCUCCUUUCUCAAGGCUUCAUGAGCCCACCUGCAUACUGUGGGGAAGGCAAACUUUACCUCUACCAGUCUUAGGUUUUCAGCUGGGAUCUAGCAAGAGGUCGGAUUAAUAAGAGAAAAACAGUUUAUUAACACAUGCAGCAUGCACCAAGCAGGAAAAACCUAAAAUGAAGAGUAACUCAAAGUGGAGGCUUAGAAUUGUGGCUUACAUAGUAUCUUUAAAAGAACAAUACAUUUGUGGAGAAAUGGCAGGAAAAACAGUCAACCUGCAAAGAGUGGCAGACCGUGGGAAGGUAAAUGCAUGUGAGGAAACUAAUGGAGUAAACGUUUUUUGCAGAUUCCUUGUUGGUGCGGUCUCCAGUAAAAGGGGAAUUUAUAUCCUUCCAUUUGGCAGGAAAGGGGAGCUUUUUCUGGGUUUGCUGCUCUUAAUUGCCUUCAGCUCAAAAUGAUUUUUGUGCCAAAGAGACCUAUUUUGGGCUCACACAUUGUGGUUUCCUUCAUCAUUAUUAAAGAACUUGCAUCUUUUACUGAGAAAAAUAUUAUUCUCUUGCUCUAUUAACAUUUUUUUUGCCUCUUUUAAGUCUUGAUAUUGGCCCCUCUCAAGUAGGGGAUGGGACACAGGUAUAUUUACUAAAAAUGAAAUAAACUCUUAUGAUGCCUCUGAUAUACAAACAGAAUUGAAAAUGAACUUGUAAUAGUUUUCAAUGUUCCUUAGGGAUUUCUCUGAGUCUUUACUAUGUUAAUACAUUAUGACUUACUUGGAGAGGUAUUUAUUACACAGGACUUCUCAAGCUUAUUUCACCACAGAAACUAGCUCAGGAAGCAGCAACUAAGACUUCCCAGAAGACAGUUUGGCAACGACUGUUUAUCCUACACUUUCUCCAGAUGAUCUUGACUAUCUCUGAUUUCAGCCUAUACUUGCACUAUAUAAAGUUGGUGGGUACACUGUGUGACCAUGGAUAAGGCUCUGCUAAAAUCUCCCCUGGAGACUAGGCUCUUGUUACGAAUAUAUGCUCUCCACCCCUCCAACACUGCAGCUCCCAGAAGUUUCUCACCCUUAAGCUAGCCCACAGUCAACCUCCAGUAAUUCAUCAAAAUUACUAUUUAAGUAUUCCUACAAGUUUAUGGCUCCGGUGGAUUUUGCUUCAGGGAAGGAGAUCUCAGCUUUGACUCUCUGGAUUUGCCUGUCUAUCCAGAUCUUGGGGUGGCAAUUUGUCAUGCAACCUUAGUUCUCCCACAGGUCCAAGAAAAGCCAUUGGUUUUCAGUUUUCUCAUCUUUUUCUUGUAAGGAUAUGAGUUAUGACUUCCAAAAUCUUUACAUGUAGGAGCUGAAGCUGCAAGUCUAUCAGAAUAGGCUUCUUGUAGACCUCUGUAAUGGUUGUGUCCACUUCACUAAGGGGUGCCUAGACAGCCGGUAAAACAUUUCUGGGUAUGUCUGUGAAAGUGUUUCCAGGAGAGAUUAGCAUUUGAACUGAUAGACUGAGUAAAAAAGAUCAUUUUCACCAAAGUGGGUAGACAUCAUCCAAACAACUGUGAGCCUAAAUAGAAAAAGAGGCAGCAGAAGGGGGAGUUUCUCCUCUGCUUGAGCUGGGACAUCCAUCUUCUGCCCUGGGACAUUGGUACCCCUGGUUCUUGGACCUUCAGACUUGGACUGGGACUUAGACCAUUGCCACCCGAUUUUUGAGCCUUUGGACCCGAACUGGAACUUACACCAUUAGUUCCUCUAGUUUUCAGGUCUUUGGACUCAGACUGAAUUACAUACACACCAGCUUCCCUGGAUCUCCAGCUUGCAGACAGCACCAUGGAACUUUUUGGCCUCCAUGGUCACGUGAGCCAAUGGCCACUGAUCCAUCCUAUUGGUUCUAUUUUUCUGGAGACCCACUUGCUUUUUUUUUUUUUUUCCCUUUAAAUCAUCUAGUCUUUCCGUUCUUAACUGUUGAACUAUUCACCUUUAAAGUUACCGUUUUUGGGGUACAUGCACCCUGAUCUUUAUAGUAGCAUUAUCAACAAUAGGCAAACUAUGGAGAGAGCCCAAAUGUCCAUCAUCUGAUGAAUGGAUAAAGAUGUGGUGUUGUGUGUGUGUAUGUAUCUAUAUAUCUGUAUUACGAAUAUUCAGCCAUCAAAAAGAAUGAGAUCAUGCCAGUUGCAACAAUAUGGAUGGAACUAGAGAGUAUAAUGCUAAGAGAAAUAAGUCAGAGAAAGACAGACACCAUUUGAUCUCACUCAUAUGAGGAAUUUAAGAAAGAAAACAGAUGAACAUUUGGGAAGGGGGUAAGGAAAAAGAGGAGAGAGGGAAACAAGCCAUAAAUAACUCUUAAUGAUAGAGAACAUAUCCAGGGUUGAUGGAGGGGGUGGGUGGGGGAUGGGCUAGAUGGGUGAUGGGUAUUAAAGCGCAUUUGCUGUGAUGAGAAAAAAGAAGAAAGUUACUGUUUCUUUCCAACCUGGGCCCGGCAGAAUGACUCUCUCAAAGAAGGGUGGUGAGAAGAAGGGCUGUUCUGUCAUCAACAUUCACAAGCAUCCACGGCGUGGGUUUCGAGAAGCGAGCCCCUUGGGCACGCAAAUCUGGGAAUUUUCCAUGAAGGAGAUGGGAACUCAAGAUGUGCCCAUUGACACCAGGCUCAACAAAGCUGUCUGGACCAAAGGAAUAAGGAAUGUUCCAUACCAUGUCCAUGUGUGGUUGUCCAAAAAAAACAGGAUGAAGAUUCACCAACAAGCUCUAUGUUGUUUACCUAUGUACUUGUCACCACUUUCAAAAAUCUACAGAUAAUGUGUAUGAGAACUAACCGCUGAUUGUCAAAUAAAGGUAUAAAACUGCAAAAAAAAGUUACUGUUUGAUAUAGUUGGAUAAAAAAUAUCGUUCUGUUAGUUAUUAGUUUCUUCCUUUUUCUGCCUCUAGUUUUAUUAUGUAUUUAAAAAAUAAAAUUCAUUUUAUUUCCUCUA